GAUGUCUUGAAGGUUCUCUAUCUGUAAAAAGCAGUUCAAAGCUUGCUUGUUUAUUUAUAAACAACAUGAAACCACAACAGACAAGUCUCUGCUAUACUCAGAUACCUGCUAGUUGCAGAAAAAAAUACAGCAAUAAACGUAUCCGCUGUGCAGUGUAGGUUUGACGGCAUUGCGCAUGCGCAACGCGUAAGAUCCGGGCCUGGGGAAGGAUGAAUGCAAAUUUCAAAGAUGGCGGCGGAGGGAGGAGGGAAGGAGAUGAACGAAAUUAAAACUCAGUUCACCACCCGAGAAGGCGCGUACAAACUCCUCACACACUCCGAAUAUAGCCGCCCCAACAGGGUGCCUUUCAAUUCUCAAGGCUCAAAUCCCGUUAAAGUCUCUUUCGUGAACGUAAAUGACCAGUCUGGCAACGGCGACAGAAUCUGCUUCAAUGUGGGCCGGGAGCUCUACUUCUACAUCUACAAAGGCGUCAGGAAGGCUGCUGACCUAAGUAAGCCAAUAGACAAAAGGAUAUACAAGGGAACACAGCCCACUUGCCAUGACUUUAACCACCUCACUGCCACGGCUGAAAGCGUGUCACUGCUUGUGGGCUUCUCAGCCGGACAGGUGCAGCUUAUUGACCCUAUCAAGAAAGAGACGAGUAAGCUCUUCAAUGAAGAAAGACUAAUAGACAAAUCUAGAGUGACGUGUGUGAAAUGGGUGCCUGGCUCCGAGAGUCUAUUCCUUGUAGCCCAUUCCAGUGGGAGCAUGUACCUGUACAAUGUGGAGCAUGCGUGUGGUACUGCUGCACCUCACUAUCAGCUGCUCAAGCAAGGCGAGAGUUACACUGUGCAUACGUGCAAGAGCAAGUCAACACGCAACCCAUUGCUGAAGUGGACGGUAGGCGAGGGUGCAUUAAAUGAGUUUGCUUUCUCACCUGAUGGCAAGUUUGUGGCAUGCGCAAGCCAGGAUGGCUUUCUGCGCGUGUUCCACUUUGAUGGUGCUGAACUGCAUGGAACUAUGCGCAGCUAUUUUGGUGGCCUGCUUUGUGUGUGCUGGAGCCCAGAUGGUCGCUAUGUGGUAGCAGGUGGUGAAGAUGAUCUGGUGACUGUGUGGUCAUUCAGUGAGCGGCGUGUGGUUGCUCGAGGCCAUGGUCAUAAGUCCUGGGUAAGUGUGGUGGCCUUCGACCACUACACCACCAGCGUAGAGGAGACCGAACCCAACGAGUUCAGUGGAAGUGAUGACGACCUGCAGGAGCAAGCACUCGCAGGCCGUGAGCGUGCCAACAGCACACACUCGCGCCUCUCAAAACGAAACUCCACAGAUGGACGUCCACUCAGCGUUACCUACCGUUUUGGAUCUGUGGGACAGGACACUCAGUUGUGCCUGUGGGACUUGACGGAGGACAUUUUGUUCCCACAUCUACCGUUAUCCCGAACCAGAACCCAUACCAAUGUCAUGAAUGCCACAAGUCUCCCAGUCUCGGGAAGUGGAGGAGGAGUAAGUGGAGGAGGAGGUGGAACAAUAAUCACAAGCAUCAACAACCCAAGUGCCAACGGAGGAAGUAGCAGCAGCAGCAACAGUGGUUCCAAUACUCCUGGCAACUCUGUGCCUGCACCGCUGCCACGCUCCAACAGCCUUCCGCACUCAGCUGCCUCUAGUGGCAGUGGCAACAGCAAAUGUGGCACGAUGGACAACACCAACGCAGUUCCCUCAAGUGUAAGCAAGUUUGCUACAUUGGCACUUCAUGAGCGCAAGGAGCGACAUCAUGACAAGGAGCACAAGCGCAAUCACAGCAUGGGCCACAUAAGCAGCAAGAGCAGUGACAAAUUGCAUCUACUCGCUAAGACGAGCAGAGCGGACGCAGCUAAGACGCUGGGCACACCACUCUGUCCACGAAUGGAAGAUGUGCCGCUGCUUGAGCCACUCAUUUGCAAGAAAAUAGCACAUGAGCGGCUCACCGUACUUAUCUUUCUUGAGGACUGCAUAGUCACUGCAUGUCAGGAGGGAUUUAUUUGCACGUGGGCCAGGCCUGGGAAAGUGGGUUUAUUGGCCUCCCAAAAUCAAGCCAACUCGCCCAGUGGAACAGUAGUAUAGCCACAAUAUUUCUGCUGCUAAGAACCCUACAUCACAUCAAGCUGUCAACAUAGAGAGCCCUCUGCUGCUCUUCAUGUUUAGAGCAUCGCAUCUUUUAGUUCUCUCUUUCUUCCUUAUGUCAGUUGUGUUUUCCCCCCACAUUUCUUUAAUCUGUCAGUGAUUUGCAUCACAUGGUCUGCCUGCACUGUGGACAUGCUAAUACUGUGCACAAAUGGAAACAGUGUGUUGCAGUAAUGGACUGUUGCCAUGGUGGUGUUGUGCCCCUUCCCUUUUUCUCUUUUCAAAGAAAAGUAUUUAUUUUUGGUUAUUUUCUUUCUCACACAAACAUUUCACUUCUUCUGACACGAGUGUGACUGUGGUGAGGAAAUCAGUUGGAAACCAGGGGCUAAAGAGAAUCCAAGGACUUGCUUCCAUCCAAAUUAUUUUCCUUUUUUCUUUUCUUUCAUAUGGAAUCACUCCCCCCCCCCCCCCCCACUCCCCUUAAGAACUUUGCACUGAUUUUAUUUUGAUUUCACUUUUUUGUAACUACUAUAAAGGAUAAAAAGACAACAAAAAAACGUUCUGGGGAUGGCCUUGAUGCACUUGGCUUUAUUAUCCUCUGGCUUGAAAUUUGAAUCUGAAUAGCUGGAUGCUGCAAUCAAAGUGUGUGUGUUUUGUUUUUUUUUUGUUUUUUUUGUUUUUUAAGAAAAUUGUUUGCACUUAAUAGUUUAUUAGAAGAGAAUGGCUUUACAUUUUGUGUGCAAGGACUCACAGACUGGUAUAACAUGGAGAAAUGAAAUGAUUAAAAAAAAACUUUGUAUCUAUUGAGCAUUUAUUUUAAUAUUGUUUCAGAUUAAAAUCUGCUUUGUAUUAUAUGUAUAAUAUUGUAAUUCAGUGGGGCAAAAGCAAAUGAUCAGUACUACUCUAGUGGACGUUUUGUCAUCAUUUAAAGGAAAUAGUGAUAUUUCUAAGGCAGAAAAAUACACAAUGAUAUUAAAAAAAAUCUUGAAUAUGCAGAUUUCUGCUUUUUUUUUUUUUUUUUUCUUUCCUCUUGUACAAACUUCAUCAAGAUGUAUUUUGAUAUAGGAGAUUUAUGUGUCAAAAGGCUUGAACCUUUGAACAAAUGUGUUUAAUGUUAUAAAUUCACAAAAUGCAGUGUUGUCUGCGAACAGCUGAACUCGAAAAUUCUGUGUGAAGCUCAGGAAGUCUGGCAGACAAAGUGUAAUAAGAUCUGAGUUCCUGUUUUUGCUUAGCAGCAGCAAUGCUAUUCUGCAUAAUACUAAAUCACCCCCACUAGGAAUGACUACAGUAGUUUUGAAAUUGAUUGGUAGAACCUCACUAUGUGACCAUAGCUAAUGUUUUAUUGUACCUUUUUGUGACUACCAGUCAUUGUUAAUGCACCAUACAGUGAAUCCACACUAACUGGGAAAGGCAAGGAUGCAACAGUGGUCACAUUUUAUGUUGUUAACAUUUUUACAGUUCACAUUUUUGUUCUUCAUUAAAAAAAAAAGUUCAUUGACAUUUGGCCUUGUGCUUUGAUUGUGAAUCUAGCCUGUUGUGUAUUCAAUAUUAUCAUCUGUUUCAAUAAAAUGAAAGGCCAGUUCAGAGGGUUCAUAUAAAAUAAUCUAUAUCUUUAAUAUAAAUGCUUUCUGAACUUGAAUAAUUACUGCUUAUUUGAGAGGCUUUGGAGGCCACUUUUCAAAAACUGGCUGUCUUUUUAAGUUGGAGUAAAAAAAGAAAAAGGAAAAAAAAGAUGACCAUGAUUACCAGUUUUACAGGUUAUGUUUACAUUGUGCACAUAAAUUUGGGGGCGAUGGAUUUAAAGGAAGAAAACUGAGCUGUCUGAUAAAUAUGCCUGUAUCAAUACAGGCAUAGUCCACCAAGUAUCAUUGAUGUGAAGUACCAACCUUUUGCAAAAGACAGAGAUGCUAUGUCAAUCUCCACAACCCAGCUGAACACACAGCACUGGGUUAAAAAGUGAUUUUAGUAGUUGGAUUGAAUAUUUAUAGACUUCAAACAUGAAUAUAUUUUUGAAAUCCAUGUUGUAAUGGGGUCUUGUUGGUGUGGGCUAAUGCUAAUUCCCUCCUUUACAAUUGCUUGGCAUCAAAUGGCUGCUUGAGUGUUGAUACCUUUCUCUUGUGCUAAACCUGCUUCAAUGAGUGAGGUGAGGCUGGUUUAUCCAUCUAUGUUCCAGUGUAUUUGCAUUUGACAUUCAGCCACAAAUCCUCUUUCUCUGCAAGUCAUGCUUGUGACAUAUACUGCUCAAAAAAUCUUGGUUAUGCAUAUCUACGGUGCAUCAACCAGCCUAAACGACUCACCAGAGGUGUGGUGAGUGUAUAUAAUUGUUUAAGCUAACAAAAAUGUUACCUGGUCUUUUUCCAAUGUUCAGCUGUCCAGUUUUGAUGAGCCUGUGUCAACAGUGGCUUGUUCUUGGAUGAUCGGAGAGGAACCUGAUGUGGUCUUCUGCUGUUGUAGCUCAUCUGCCUCAAGGUUCAAUAUGCUGUGUUUUGAGAUGCUUUUCUGCUCACCACAGUUGUAAAAAGCGGUUAUUUGAUUUACUGCAAUUUCCUUGUAUCCGAUGCCAUGUUCACAUGUCCAUUAUUUAAAAAUCCUACAGUUAUUCUUCAUACUGAGUAUUUCUACAAUGCAUUGCACUUAUUUUCACAUGAAAUUGAUAGAUUUUUGUGACCUUUUGGUAAUGAGGAGACAAUGGCCAUGAAAUUGUGAGAUUUAAAGCUCUUUGUGACACCAUCUAUAGGUGCGAGAUGGUAAAACCUGGACUUUUUAAGGUGGAAUGGGAAAUCCAGAUAAAGGUACGCUCUCGUUAACACAACGAUUUUAUUGCUGCAAGUUGCCAGUUGCUGUACUAUGAGGUCGCCAGUAGGUGUUUCCUGCUACUGGUUGCCAUAGUAACAUGGGUGGCGCAACUAGCAUUUCACUUUGACAACAAAUCAACUUUUUUUUUCCUGCUAAAAUUAAACAUUCUUGAAGGAGAGCGAUCUUAAAUAAAAUUCAGUGUGUGCGCUUUGCCAUUGCGGCCAUCCAUCUGCAAGUAACAAUUAGCUUAGCUUAUGGCCUUGGCGUGUUUAAAGUAAAAAUAACAAAACACACUCACUUUGGUGCAAUCAAGCAAAAUCGCAGUGUAGCUCUUAUCUCUGUAGCUGAGCGUCACCAUCAGGGUGUCAUUCACUCUCUGUUUGUCACCAUCGUUUACUGUGUGAAGUGUCCAGGCGCUUCACCUAAGAUAGGAGCUAUACCGGGAUUUUGCUUGAUUGCAACAAAAAGUGUUUUCUCAUUCUUCUUUUUAUUAUUUUUUCGCUAUAAAAAUGCUAAGACCAUAAGCUAAGCUAAUUGGCGAUUUCUGCAAUGGCACUAUUUCUGCUAGCAAGCACGGGAGGCUACGGAUCACAUGCGCUUUACUGUCUUCACUCCCACUGGUAGAUGCUGCAUCAAGUCAUUCCAAAUUUCAAUAAAGUUUCACUUUUCUCAACUUUGUCACGUCGCUGGAUACACCCACAUGUAAUCCCCAGCGGUCGCCAGCUCUCACUGAAAAUGAAUGGUCUCCUGUUGCUUUGUUGCUGCAAGUCGCUGUGUGUAAGAAGCCAACUUCAGCCUCAUCACCUAGAGGAAGUUAGCUAUUUAUACUGCUGCACAAAAGGAUUGAAUGAAGACACUUCUAUGAUAAAGAAAUGUAUAAAUUAAUUUGCAAACAACUUAUCAGCUUUUUAAUUCUACUACAGUACAGUUUCUGUGCUGCUGAGGUCCGUUCGUUCCAACAUGCUAUCGGCAGCUCCACCAUUAACAGGGUGGGCGUGGUUAACCUUCAGCGCACUUCCCUCUCUAAAAUCAGUUGACCCAAAACUGUGCCAAAAUGCAGAAGCAAAAAAACAAGAUUACAGAAGCAAAAGAAGGAUAACAGGAGUGAUAUCAGAAGCAAAAAAAAAAAAAAAAACUGCAACAGAAAAAUCCACAAAUAGCAAAAAAAAAAAAGAAAGCAAAAUGAGUGGUCAAUCUUUCAGAAUCUUUUUAAAAAAAUCAUUUUGAUUUGGUUCUCAUUACUUGCUUUCUUAUUUAUUUAUAUUUUGAUAUUUAAUGUUUUGCUUAUGGAUUUUUUAUUUGAAACUUGUGGCACAAAAUUAACUCCAUAGAAAAGGUACAGAAAUGCUUUUGCUGAGAAUUUACAUGGUUUCUUACAUGAGGUUUCUUUUUUUUUCCCCCUGUGCACUUUUCAAAAGAAAUUUACACCCAUGUUUUCUAGGGAAACACUGAUCUCUUUUUGGCUCAGACACUGCUUUUUUUUCACUUUCCCAGUCUACACACUCACGUUAUAUGCAAGUAUGAAGGCAUUCAACGCUUUGACCUGCAUGCAAAUAAUCAGCUCUUAAUCUGAUUUUGCAAAUAUACAGAGGCAAACAACUACAAAUGAAAGAGCUAUGAGCUGUUAUCUGAGGUAGAUAUAAAAUAUUAAAUAUCUCAAGGAGUUUAUGUUAGAGUGUCAAACAUGAAUGAAUGCAUACACACACAUGUGACUGGUGUGCUCAACACAUUCCUGUAAUCCCAUAUACAAAUGCUGGAAAUAUAAACUGGUGCUGUCUGAAACUGCUCCCUCACUCACUGCUCUAAACAUAACUUGUGUAACUGUUGGCUGUUUGUGUUGACUGUUGGUGA